GUGAAGUGCAGAAGCCGGUCGAAAGGGAGUGAUCCUCCUCACCGUCGUCUAACCGUCCUGUACAUCCUUGUGUGUACGAAUCUCCAAAUGCUGUGACUCAAUUGAACCCCACAGAUUCUCUAGUGUUUUGUAGAACAAAGGACAACCAGAUAUAAAGCACAGUGAUGGCGACCUACCAGGAGUUCAUCCAACAAAACGAAGACAGGGAUGGAGUGAGAUUCAGCUGGAACCUCUGGCCUUCUAGCCGUUUGGAAGCUACCAGGCUAGUGGUCCCCGUCUCCUGUCUCUUCACACCUCUCAAGGAGAGGCCUGACCUACCUCCAGUUCAGUACGAACCAGUCCUUUGCAGCCGAGCCAACUGCAAGGCAGUGCUCAAUCCACUAUGUCAAGUUGACUUCAGGGCAAAAAUAUGGGCUUGCAACUUCUGCUUCCAGAGAAACCCAUUUCCUCCCUCUUACGCAGGCAUUUCAGAAGUGAACCAGCCAGCUGAACUCAUGCCACAGUUUUCUACCAUUGAGUACAUAGUGCAGCGUGGACCCCCAGCCCCUCUGAUUUUCCUUUAUGUGGUAGACACAUGCUUGGAAGAGGAAGACCUCCAGGCUUUGAAAGAGUCCUUGCAGAUGUCCCUCAGUCUUCUGCCACCCAACGCCCUGGUGGGCCUCAUCACAUUUGGGCGCAUGGUCCAGGUCCACGAGCUCAGCUGUGAGGGGAUUGCAAAGAGUUAUGUGUUCAGGGGUACCAAGGACCUCUCCUCCAAACAGAUUCAGGAGAUGCUGGGUCUAACAAAGCCAGGAGCAGCAGGACAACAAGGGCGCCCACCUGUACCUCAGGAUGCUGGACCCUCUUGCAAGUUUCUUCAGCCUGUGCACAGAGUGGACAUGAAUCUGACAGACUUGCUCGGUGAGCUGCAGAGAGACCCAUGGCCUGUUCCUCAGGGCAAAAGACCGCUUCGCUCCACUGGUGUUGCACUGUCUGUUGCUGUUGGUCUGCUGGAGGGCACAUACCCCAACACAGGGGCCCGUGUGAUGCUGUUUAUUGGAGGACCUCCUACUCAGGGCCCAGGCAUGGUGGUUGGAGAUGAGCUGAAAACCCCCAUCCGCUCAUGGCAUGACAUCCAGAAAGACAAUGCUCGCCAUUUGAAGAAAGCCACCAAGUACUAUGAAGCCAUGGCAAACCGCUCAGCAGCAAAUGGCCACAGUAUUGAUAUCUAUGCUUGUGCUCUGGACCAAACUGGACUGCUGGAGAUGAAGUGCCUGUCUAAUCUCACUGGAGGGCACAUUGUGAUGGGAGACUCCUUCAAUACAUCCUUGUUCAAACAGACCUUCCAGAGGGUCUUUAGCAAAGAUUACAAUGGAGACUUCCGCAUGGCCUUUGGUGGCAUCUUAGAAGUUAAGACAUCAAGGGAAGUGAAGGUUUGCGGUGCCAUUGGACCGUGUGUCUCACUCAACUCCAAGGGUUCCUGCGUUUCAGAGAAUGAGAUGGGUGUUGGUGGCACAAGCCAGUGGAAAAUGUGCAGUCUCAACCCAUCCACCACCCUGGGAAUGUAUUUUGAAGUAGUUAAUCAGCACAAUGCUCCAGUCCCCCAGGGAGGUCGAGGGGUGAUCCAGUUUGUAACCCAGUACCAGCACUCCAACACACAGAGGAGGAUACGGGUCACUACCGUUGCCAGAAACUGGGCAGAUGCACAGUCCCAAAUCCAGCACAUUGAGUCAUCAUUUGACCAAGAAGCAGCUGCUGUGCUCAUGGCUCGUCUGGGGGUCUUCAGAGCAGAGUCAGAGGAGGGACCUGAUGUCCUCCGUUGGCUUGACAGACAGCUCAUCCGCCUGUGUCAGAAGUUUGGCCAGUUCAAUAAAGAAGACCCUACAUCAUUCAGGCUGUCAGAGUCUCUGUCCCUCUACCCACAGUUUAUGUUCCAUCUGCGGCGGUCACCCUUCCUGCAGGUCUUCAAUAACAGCCCUGAUGAGUCGUCAUAUUAUAGGCACCACUUUGUCAGGCAGGACCUGACCCAGUCUCUGAUCAUGAUCCAGCCCAUCCUCUACUCAUACUCCUUCUAUGGACCACCAGAGCCUGUUCUCCUGGACAGUAGUAGCAUCCUGCCAGACCGAAUCCUUCUGAUGGACACGUUCUUCCAGCUGGUUAUUUACCAUGGAGAGACCAUAGCACAGUGGCGAAAGGCAGGCUACCAGGAAAUGGCAGAGUAUGAGAACUUCAAACAACUGCUGCAGGCUCCUCUGGAUGAUGCUCAGGAGAUCCUACAGACACGUUUUCCCAUGCCACGCUACAUUGACACAGAGCAUGGAGGCUCUCAGGCUCGCUUCCUGCUCUCAAAAGUUAACCCAUCACAGACCCACAACAACCUCUACACAUGGGGACAGGAGACAGGAGCACCCAUCCUCACUGAUGACGUCAGCCUGCAGGUCUUCAUGGACCACUUGAAGAAACUGGCUGUUUCCAGCUCUGCAUAAAUGGUCUACCAUAAAGGGAGGAGUGAUUUGACAUUCCCAUCCCUAUACUGGGAUCCAUUAACAUUUCCUUGUCAUUGUAAAGGAGCUAAACCCAGAGAUUCUAUUGUAUUUGCUUGUUUGAUUCUACUUUUCCCUUCCUGGAGUUUUAUGUGACAUAUUCCAUACUGCUAAAUGAAAAGAGAAAACUGUGCAUUCCUAACAAGAAAACAAAUGACAUUUGUAGUCCUUUUCAAUAACUUAUUUAUGGAAAAUGCUCCACAGCCAAACUGUCCUUAUGUAAGCAAUUUCAGAUUAACUAAAGCUCUUUUAUAUUUGAUAUAGCCUCUGACAUGAAGAAUGAUUAGAAAAUUAAUUUAAUUUUUUGUGUACGUUCAUUUGUUUGUCUAGAAGUAUGUCAGUCUUUUUUUGAGAAUGCUGUUAAAUAUGCCGCUUAUAUGUGUUUGCUUUGUCUAUAGCUUGAACUGACAUGUCUAGAACAUUCGCACCAAUAAAUUAAGAUGGUAUCUGUAAUGUGGGGUUACCAAAUGUUCACAGGGCCAGUUGAGCCUCACACCAAUUGCUCUGUAAUCAGAAUUCAUUUGACAGGAAUUUAUUGAGAUAAAUGUGGAUUAAACUUGAAGUGUUUUCCAAGAAAAUUCCUUCUACAUACUAAGGAUUAAUGUUCUGAUGAAUGGGAGUCAAUCCCAUCAACUCAAGUGACUCUGUUUUCAAUGACGAACGUUUUGAUUUAUUUCCUAUUUGGACUUUAUAGGUCACUCCCAAUGGUUUAGUCCUCUCAUCUUGUCUCAUUCACCAUCUGGUAAUUUGCUCCCGACAACUGCCCAAGUAUCUUUGUAAUCAAACUUUAAUAUACUGUAAUGCUGUAUUUACAGGACAGUUGGGUUUUUUUGGAUCUUGUCUGGAUCUUGAUUCUAUCCAUAUAAAGGCCUGUCAA